AGAGCACGGCAACCCAGCACUUACAAAGCCUCACUCUAGGCAAUCCUGCCGGCCCCCUGGCCCGCGGCCACGAACAGCAUGGACGCAGUGCUGUUGGAGCAUUUCCCCGGGGCCCUGGACGCCUUCCCGUCCGCUUACUUUGACGAGGAAGAUUUCUUUACCGACCAGUCCUCCCGGGACCCUCUGGAGGACGGCGAUGAGCUGCUGGCAGACGAGCAGGCCGAGGUGGAGUUCCUCAGCCACCAGCUGCACGAGUAUUGCUACCGCGACGGGGCAUGCCUGCUACUGCAGCCCGCGCCCUCGGUCGCCCCGCACGCGCUCGCCCCUCCGCCCCCUGGGUGUCCUGGCGAGCCUGAGGACAGCAGCGGUUAUUGCUGCGAGACAGGGGCGCCCCCCGGCGGUUUCCCCUACUCGCCAGGCUCGCCGCCCUCCUGCCUGGCCUAUCCUUGCGCCGAGGCUGCCGUACUGUCCCCUGGGGCGCGGCUGCGUGGCCUGAGUGGCGCGGCGGCGGCCGCAGCGCGGCGGAGGAGGCGUGUGCGCUCCGAGGCAGAGCUGCAGCAGUUGAGGCAGGCGGCCAACGUCCGCGAGCGAAGGCGCAUGCAGUCCAUCAACGACGCCUUUGAGGGGCUGCGCUCGCACAUCCCCACGCUGCCCUACGAAAAGCGCCUCUCCAAGGUGGACACUCUGCGUUUGGCCAUCGGCUAUAUCAACUUCCUUAGCGAGCUCGUGCAGGCGGAUCUGCCGCUGCGGGGUGGCGGCGCAGGCGGAUGCGGGGGACCCGGCGGCGGCGGGCGUCUGGGCGGGGACAGCCCGGGCAGCCAGGCCCAGAAAGUCAUCAUUUGCCAUCGCGGCACCAGGCCUCCCUCACCUAGUGACCCGGAUUAUGGCCUCCCUCCCCUUGCAGGACACUCACUCUCGUGGACUGAUGAAAAACAACUCAAAGAGCAAAAUAUUAUCCGAACAGCCAAAGUGUGGACCCCAGAGGACCCCAGAAAACUCAACAGCAAAUCUUCAUUUAACAACAUAGAAAACGAACCGCCCUUUGAAUUUGUGUCCUGAGAAAAUUCAUAUUUGGUUGAGAAUCUGAUAAUGUCUCUGUGCAUAUUGUACAUGUAAAUACCUAUAAUGUAAAUGUAAUUUAAGAAUCAAAUUUUUCUAAUGGCAAUCAACUGUUAUUUAUCUAUUUAUUAUCCUGUUGAGUUAAUGAAAUAGAUGAUCUCUUUAUAUAUAUAAUUUAUAUAAUUUAUCCUGAUUUUCUAAAGAUAUGCAAUAGCGGAUGAUUUCCCCAGCACCUUUAGCAGAACUCUGCAUUGUUGGAAGAAUUCUGAUCAGAAAACUUCAUGCUUAUUUAUUGCCAAAUACAGUUUAUUUCUAAGCGUUGUUAAUAAAUGCUAUUGACACCUUUUUCUACAA